CGUGCUAGCUCCAUCACCCACCGCUCGUGAAGCACAAGCCCCUAGGCAGGACGUCAGGACAUAGGCUACGGACAAGAUACAGAGACGGUGCUCGGCGUGGUAGGAGAGCCGUUGCCGACAUUGUCCAAGGAGCAGAGAUCAAGAUCUGCAUCUCUCCGGGGCCCGCCUCGCAGUGUCCGUUGGGAAGAUACCGACCCCCAUUCCCCUGCUCGUUUUGUCUGCGCCGUCUUCUAUAUAACUCAACCGACCGUCUUCCUCCGUUCAUCCUCUCUUCCGGCCGAUUACAUUACACAAAAGAAGCAGAGCAGAGUUGCAGAGGUCGGAGCUGAGGCCUUGUGGACUGCUGUUGCCAAGAGUCAAGACUCCGACGAGAACAAGAAAAUGGCACGGAGCCCAGCUCAGGUCGUUCUCUCCUUGAUCGCUUUGCUCCUUCUGCUUCCAGCUGCGUGGUCGGCGACGUUCACCAUGACCAACAACUGCGGCCACACGGUGUGGCCGGGGUUGCUCUCCGGCGCCGGGACCGCGCCGCUAUCCACCACAGGGUUCGCGCUGGCCCAAGGCGCGUCCGCGACGGUGGACGCGCCGACGGGCUGGUCGGGCCGCAUGUGGGCGCGCACGCUCUGCUCGGAGGAUGCCACCGGCAAGUUCACCUGCGGCACCGGCGACUGCGGUUCAGGAACCCUCCAGUGCAACGGCGGAGGCGCCGCGCCGCCGGCCUCUCUGGCGGAGUUCACGCUGGACGGGUCCGGCGGCAUGGACUUCUUCGACGUCAGCCUCGUCGACGGCUACAACCUGCCCAUGCUCGUCACACCCCAGGGCGCGAGCGUCGCCGCUACCGCCAGCUCCGCGGGCGGGCCCAAGUGCGUGGCCACGGGGUGCCUGGUGGACCUGAACGACGCGUGCCCGGCCGACCUGAAGGUGGCUUCCUCGGCGAGCCCCGCCGGCGCCAGCGGCGCCGCGGGCGUCGGCCCUACCAUGGCGUGCAAGAGCGCGUGCGAGGCGUUCGGGUCGCCGCAGUACUGCUGCAGCGGCGCGUUCGGGAGCCCCAGCACGUGCCGGCCGUCCACCUACUCGCAGUUCUUCAAGAGCGCCUGCCCGCGCGCAUACAGCUACGCGUACGACGACUCCACCUCCACCUUCACCUGCGCCGCCGGCACCAACUACGCCAUCACCUUCUGCCCCACCGCCAACACCAGUGGCAAGUUCACCGACCCGCAGGCUGCUGUUCCGCUGACGAACAACACGAUGGUCUACAACGGCGGCGAGCAGCUCUCCUCGGCAAACGGCGGCGAGCGAUUCUCAACGAACGGCGGCGCCUCCCUCGCCGCCCAUGCCUCGCAGCUCCUCCUCGCGGUGGCCGUCGCCGUCGUGAUGCUGUAAGCCGUGUGCCAUACAAUAUACUAUGACAGUGAAUCACCGGUGUCCUUAUCCGGCGUGACGGAGGCGAACACAAGACUCGGGCGAGAGAAGAAAAGUGCUCGCGGGCGGGCAAAGAGCAAAAGGCUGACAGGAGUGGUCUACUAACCAUAAACAAGAAUAUCUCCACACAUUACAUAUCGCAGCCUUUCCUUCCUUCUAGAUAGCUUAUGCCGUAGGCUUAGGAUAAGCUGUAGGUGGUUAGCCUAGCUUCCGAUCUAUACGUUUCUUUCAUUUGUUGAGCGGAAACGAUGAUGUAUUGUAUUGUGAGUCAGCGGAGUACAAGUUGACAAUUCGAGCCGGGAAAUCAAUGGAAGCAUGAGGAAAGGAGACGAA